AUGGAAUCGCUUAAGGCGGUCGCUUGCACCGCGCCGAGACGCAAUGAGAACAAUGCACCCGCCGCAAUGCCACUCGCAAGGACUUUCUUUCCUACAUUGGACACGGAUGUAACGCAAAGUGAGCGUAAUUUGUUGUUCUCGAUCCGCUUAGACCGCAGUGGGGUCCAUUCUACUUGCGCUGCGGAUGGUGGGAAGAUC